UGCACGUCUAUAAACGCUUCUUUUUUUAAUCACUGCCACUGCCUACUUCCUGUUUCCUUCCCCUCUUCACUUCAUCAUCCUCAACAUCAUUCACAGUCAGAAGUCCACGCAGGAAGCAUUUGCCACACUCACAGACGCUGAACAACAACAGAAGCCGAUAUGUCUGACGCAAAGAAGCUGACUUCUAGUCGCCGACAUCAUCUGAAGAGUUUGAUGCUCCAGAUCGCCUUCAACUGGAUUGAACAGGAGAAGAAAGACCUCGAGGCAGCCAAGGUGGUCCACAUGGCUGAGACUUGCCCUAAACCAGACCUCAGCGGGGACAUGGCCAGCUUAGUGGAAAUCUGCAAAAAGCUUCAGUCAACCAUUGACAAGAUCGACGACGCUCGCUACGACGUUGAGGCCAAAGUGCUGAAGAUUGACAUUGAGAUCCAGGACUUAAAGCUAAAGGUGGUUGAGCUGGCAGGCGUGAAAAAGCCAGCGCUGAAGAAGGUGCGCAUGUCGGCCGACGCCAUGCUGCAGGCGCUGCUUGGCGGAAAGCACAAGACCACCAUUGACCUCCGGUCCAACCUGAAGCAGGUCAAAAAGGAGAUCAAGGAGGAACCAACAGAGGCAGUCGGCGACUGGCGCAAGAACAUCGAGGACAAGGCUGACAGGAAGAAGAUGUUUGAGACCUCCUAAAACCAAAACAACAACAAACAAAAAUAAUAAUAAAUCUGGACAAAUA